AUGGCUCAAAACUUCGAAAGUGUCGAAAAAGCGUUGGCUGAAAAAUUGGAAGGAGUUCAAUUGGAUGAAGUUACCCGAAUUUUGUAUGGAAGAAAAUAUCCGUGAGUUUAGAUUUUUUGAAAUUUUCAGGGUUUAGAGAAGAAUUUUUCACACAAAUUUCCCGGAAAAAAUACGUUUUGAAAUUUCGCAAAGUAUUUUCCAUAAAUCUGAAAAUUUAGUUCAAUUGUGGUAUUUGAGUUUCAACAAAAAAAUCAAGAAAAUUUUUUAUUGAAUAUUUUCCCGAAUGUUUUUUUCUGGAAAAAAAUCACUGUUUCGAAAGGUUUAGAAAUCUUUUGUGUUUGAAAAGUUUUUGUUUUUGAUUGAUAUUUUUUUAGUACUAAAUUGAAUUUAAAGUAAUUCUCGUAAAAUUAUGUUUGAAUCUGGAAAAAAAUAAAGCAAUUUCAGAACAAAAAAUUAUAGAAAAAUUGAUUUUUGUACAAAUUUUGAACGGAAUAAUUUCAAAAAAAUUCACUGUUUCAAAAAAUCAACAAAGUUUGUUUAGAUUUCAUGACGAUGUUUGACGAUUGAAUUAUGGUUGAAAAUUAUAUUUGAAUACGUUAUGACUUGACAAUUUAUUCUUCUAGAAAAUUUCACUGUUUCAAAAAAUCUAGAAAUUUCAUAAAGCGUUCAUGUGACGUUCUUCUUUCUUUAUUCCCCGGAAAAAAUACGUUUUGAAAUUUUGCAAAGUAUGUUCCACAAAUCUGAAAAUUUAGUUUAAUUGUGCAAUGUUCCAGCAAAAAAAAAUCAAGAAAAUUAUUUCAUUCAAUAUUUUCCCGAAUGUUUUUUUUUUCUGGAAAAAAUCACUGUUUCAAAGCGUUUAGAAAUCUUUUGUGUUUGAAAAGUGUUUUGUUUUUGAUUGAUAUUUUUUUAGUACUAAAUUGAAUUUAAAGUAAUUCUCUUAAAAUUGUCUGAAUCUGAAAAAGAAACAAAACAAUUUCAGAUCAAAAAAUUAUAGAAAAAUUGAUUUUUGUACAAAUUGUGCACGGAAUAAUUUCAUAAAAAUUCACUGUUUCAAAAAAUCAACAAAGUUUGUUUAGAUUUCAUGAAGAUGUUUGGUAUUGAAAAUUAUAUUUGAAUACGUUAUGACGUGGCAUUUUAUUCUUCUAGAAAAUUUCACUGUUUCAAAAAAUCUAGAAAUUUUAUAAAGCGUUCAUGUGACGUUCUUCUUUACCGAAUAUUUUUCUGGGAAAAUUAACUGUUUCAAAAAAUCCCUUAAUUUUUCAUUGUUUUGAUGAAGAUGAUAAGUAAAAUAUUGGUUCUAGUUCUGAACAAUCAAAACAUUAUGACUAGGCAUUUUAGAAAUUUCCAAAGAACACAAGAAAAAUGAGAAGAAUUUGCCAUUUUCAGGGUUUUGAGAAGAAUUUUGAUUCACACAAAUUCCCCGGAAAAUUUACGUUUUGAAAUUUUGCAAAAUAUUUUCCAAAUUGUGCACGGAAUAAUUUCAUAAAAAUUCACUGUUUCAAAAAAUCAACAAAGUUUGUUUAGAUUUCAUUAAGAUGUUCGGCAUUGACCUCAUGCUUGAAAAUUAUAUUUGAAUACGUUAUGACGUGGCAAUUUAUACUUCUAAAAAAUUUCACUGUUUCAAAAAAUUUAGAAAUUUUAUAAAGCGUUCAUGUGACGUUCUUCUUUCUUUAUUCCCCGGAAAUUUUACGUUUUGAAAUUUUGCAAAGUGUUUUCAAUAAAUCUGAAAAUUUAGUUCAAUUGUGGUAUUUGAGUUUCAACAAAAAAAUCAAGAAAAUUAUUUCAUUCAAUAUUUUCCCGAAUGUUUUUUUUUGGAAAAAAUCACUGUUUCAAAAUGUUUAGAAAUCUUUUGUGGAGUAAUUUGAAAAGUUUUUUGUUUUGAACGUUAUUGUUUUGUACUAAAUUAAAUUUAAAGUAAUUCUCUUAAAAUUGUCUGAAUCUGGAAAAGAAACAAAGAAAUUUCAGAACAAAAAAUUAUAGAAAAAUUGAUUUUUGUACAAAUUGUGCACGGAAUAAUUUCAAAAAAAUUCACUGUUUCAAAAAAAUCAACAAAGUUUGUCUAGAUUUCAUGAAGAUGUUCGGCAUUAAUCAGAUUUUUUGAAAAAUUAUAUUUGAAUUCUUCUAGAAAAUUUCACUGUUUCAAAAAAUUGAGAAAUUUAAUGAAACGUUCAUGAAAAUGAUCUGGCGUUCUUUUCAUAAAUUGAAAAAAUAAAAAAAAAAUUUCCAAAAAAAAAUUCACUGUUUCAAAAAAUUAUCAAACAUUUUAGUUUAUUUGUACAACUGAUUGAUAGUUUUUUUGAUCUUUUGAAAAAAAAACUUCCGCAACCAAGGUACCCUUUUCCAGCUCGCUCUCCAUUCCCGAUUCCGCCACUCAACUCGCUUCAACCGGCAACUUCCAACUCUCCGCCUACACCAUUUCCGCGUCUCCGGAACAAACGCGCGCUCCUCGUCUCGUCCGCGUUGCCGCCAUCCAAAACUCGAUCGUUCUCCCAACAACCGCUCCAAUAAACGCGCAACGCGACGCAAUUCAUCAGCGAAUCGGCGAAAUGAUUGAAGCCGCAGCGCAAGCUGGAGCUAAUGUUAUUGGAUUGCAAGAGGCGUGGACAAUGCCAUUCGCAUUUUGCACCAGAGAACGAUUGCCGUGGACGGAAUUCGCGGAAUCCGCUUUGAAUGGUCCGACCACCGCGUUUUUAUCGAAAUUGGCCAGGAAACAUGAUAUUGUGAUCAUUUCACCGAUUUUGGAGAGAGAUGAGGAGAAAGAUGAUGUGAUUUGGAAUACGGCGGUUGUUAUUUCGCAUACUGGUUAGUUAGGCUAAGUUCUGGGGAGGUGGGCUUGCUCAGUUUAGGCUCAGGAUCAAAUCAGGCCAAGGCCUAAGCUCAGGGGCCUCUGACAAAGCUCAGGCCGAUCUUAGACUAGACUUAAGUGACGUGGCCGCUGCGCGGAAGACAGUGCCGCUUACGCGGAAGCUUGCGGUCUACAGAAAAUUUUUCCCCGGGAAAAAUACGUUUUAAAAUUUUUAGAAUUAUUUUCUGAAUUUCUCAAUGAUCAUUAACCGUUUCAGAUCUAUUCGGGUAAAAAUGAUGAUUUUUUAGGACUUCUGAGCCCAGCCAGGCCUAGCUUGAGCCUAAUUAUGGUCCUAACCUGGGUCUGGGCUCAGCCUAAAUCUGAAAGGCCUUAGACAAAAAAAUUCAAAAAUUUCGAAAUUUCAAAAAAAAAAUUUUUUUUUCAAAAAUUUGAAAAAUGUACGUUUCAAAAAAUGCCCAAAAUUUUGCAUCAGAUUCUCAAAGACAAUUGGUAAAUUUAUAAAAUUCUAUUUGUCAGGACAUGUAAUCGGACGUUCGCGAAAGAAUCACAUUCCUCGAGUCGGCGAUUUCAACGAGUCAAGUUAUUACAUGGAAAGCACUUUGGGUCACCCUGUCUUCGAAACCAAAUACGGUCGAAUCGCCAUCAAUAUUUGCUACGGACGACAUCACCCACAAAAUUGGAUGAUGUAUGGUUUGAAUGGCGCUGAGAUCAUCUUCAAUCCGUCUGCAACUGUUGGAGCUUUGAGUGAGCCACUUUGGGGAAUUGAGGCGAGAAAUGCGGCGAUUGCCAAUCAUGUUUUUACGGUGGCGAUUAAUCGAGUUGGCACGGAAGUUUUUCCGAAUGAAUUUACGAGUGGCAAUGGGUUGCCGGCUCAUAAGGAUUUUGGACAUUUUUAUGGGUCGAGUUAUAUUGCGGCUCCGGAUGGUAGCAGAACUCCGGUAGGUGUUUUGAAGAAAAAGCUUCAAAAAUUCACUGUUUCAAAAAAUAGAUUUCUUGAAAAAUAGAAUUUUGACUUCGGUAAUACUUAAAGAAAUUCUUCUAAAAAUUUACUGUUUCAAAAAUUUUUAAUUUAGUGAUUAUUGGGUUAGGAUCAUUCCAUAAAAAUUCGAAGAAAAUUCUGAAACUUUUCGAGAAAAAAAAAUUCACUGUUUCAAAAUUAGUUUAGUAAAAAACAGGUCUUCGAAAUUCUUGAUAAGGCAUUUAUAUGGGAAUAAUUACUAUUUCAAAAAUAGUCGAUUGAAAAAAUUAGAUUCCGCAAACUUUUUUCAAAAAAAAAAUUCACUGUUUCAAAAAAUUAUGGUAUUUCAAAAGUGAGCUCACAAAAUUGGUUCCAACACCAUUGAAUUGAUUUUGAAUAUUUUUUCCUAUUGGAAAAUUUCACUGUUUCAAAAAUUGUUCAUAAAAAAAUAACAUUUUUGAUAAAAAUUCACUAGAUUUCUUAAAAAACAUAAUUUUGACUUCAGUAACACGUCGAAAAAACUAUCCAAAAAUUACUGUUUCAAAAAUAUGUCAUCAGAUCCUGAAACAUGUUUAUAGAAGCCCUUUUAUAGAUGAAAAAUUUACUGUUUCAAAAAAUGUUCAUUUAAAAUAAUGUGUAUUUUUGGAGUUGCACUUUGAUUACCAUGGUAUUUUUUGGUUUUUAUUCAGAAAUUUUUAUAAAUUUUUGAAUUCCAAAACCACUUCUAUUUAAGAAAAAUUUUUCAUCAAAAAACAAUUAAGUAAUUUUUGGGUUAGGAUCAUUCCAUAAAAAUUCGAAGAAAAUUCUGAAAUUUUUCAAAACAAAAAUUCACUGUUUCAAAAUUAGUUUAGUAAAAAACAGGUCUUCGAAAUUCUUGAUAUCGCAAUUCUACCGAAAAAUUACUAUUUCAAAGUUAGUUGAUUGAAAAAAUUAGAUUCCGCAAACUUUUUCAAAAAAAAAUUCACUGUUUCAAAAAAUUAUGGUAUUUUAAAAGUGAGCUCAAAAAAUGUUGACAGUACCAAGUGUCGUUUGAUUUAAGUUAAUCUUUAAAGUUUGAAAGCCAGUGUUUAAUUUUUUUGCUGUUGGAAAAUUUCACUGUUUCAAAAUCAGUUCAUUAAAAAAUAAUUUUUAUUUUUUUUAGUGAUAAUGUGGAUAAAGACAUUUUUGAUAAAAAUUCACUGUUUCAGAAAAUAGAUUUCUUGAAAAACAUAAUUUUGAUUGCAGUAACACGUCGAAAAAACUAUCCAAAAAUUACUGUUUCAAAAAUAUGUCAUCAGAUCCUCAAAUAUGUUUGAACGAGGCCUGUGAAUUUUGAAAAAUGUACUGUUUCAAAAAAUGUUCAUUUAAAAUAAUGUGUAUUUUUGGAGUUACCAACUCGACAACCAUUGAAUUUUUGAUUCAGAAAGUUCUAAAUUUUUGAAUUUCAAAACCAUUUCGAAAAACAAUUUAGUGAUUUUUUGGGUUAGGAUCAUUCCAUAAAAAUUCAAAGAAAACUCUGAAACUUUUCGAAAAAAAAAAUUCACUGUUUCAAAAUUAUUAUAUUGAAAAUAAAUUUGUAGGAGAAGAAUUACUAACUACAUCAAAGUUAGUUGAUUGAAAAAAUUAGAUUACGCAAACUUUUUCAAAAAAAAAUUCACUGUUUCAAAAAAUUAUGGUAUUUCGAAAAUCAGCUUACAAAAUUGACUACUUACCAUUGAAUUGGUUUCAAAUAAUUUUUCCUGUUGGAAAAUUUCACUGUUUCAAAAAAUGUUCAUCAAAAAAUAAUUUUUAUUUUUUUUAGUGAGUGGUUAUUGAAGUGGUAACUCCAAAAAUGCACAUUUUUUUAAAUGAAAAAUUUUUGAAACAGUACUGCAUCUAUUCAUCUGCGAAAAAAACCGAAAAAAAUGUAUUUUUUUACAAUAUUUUUCUAUUCACCAAAAUGCACGAAAUAAAUGUCAAUCGUGACGAGACCCACACACAUUUCAAGGAGAAAAACAUGCGAGAAAAAAAACAAGAAAUGAAAUUUUCGAAAGCAUGCAUUUUUCACACUCGUUGCCUUGAAAUGAGUGUGGGUCUCAUCACGAUUGCAUGUAUUUCGCGACAAUGUGUGAUUUUGGUGAAUAGAAAAAUAUUGUAAAAAAAUACAUUUUUCCCGUGUUUUUUUGCAAAUGAAUAGAUGCAUACAUUUUUGUGGAUAAAACAUGCUUGAUAAAAAUUCACAGUUUCAAAAAAAUUAAUUUAUUUCAAAAAUAUAGCUCAAAAUUGAUCACGCUAACUCAAGUUUCAAUUUUUUCUCUUGGAAAAUUUCACUGUUUCAGAAUAAUUUUAUUAAAAAACAAGCUUUAAAAACUUUGAUAACAAUCUAUUAAACAAUGGAAAUCUAACAAAUACCUUCUAUAAUAAAUUUGUAGGAGAAGAAUUACUAAGUACUUCAAAGUGAGUUGAUUGAAAAAAAUUAGAUUCCGCAAACUUUUUCAAAAAAAAAUUCACUGUUUCAAAAAAUUAUGUUAUUUCAAAAGUGAGCUCACAAAAUUGGUUCCAACACCAUUGAAUUGAUUUUGAAUAUUUUUCCUGUUGGAAAAUUUCACUGUUUCAAAAUAAGUUUAUUAAUAAACAGGUCUUCAAAACUUUGAUGAGUUGAACCUACAUGAAAAUAAAAAUUCACUGUUUCACAAAGUGUUGAUCAAGAAACAAUUUCUAGCUUUUUUCAGUGGGCUCUUCCAGUGUGUUAGUGAAAAAUGUGGAACUUGGGUUGACAAAGUUGUUGUGAGUUUCGAAAAUCAUUUCAAAAAAAAAAGCAACUGUUUCAAAAAUUUUUUUUCAAAACACGUGUUUUGAAAAUCAGCUCACAAAAUUGGUUCCAACACCAUUGAAUUAAUUUUGAAUAUUUGUAACUAUUUCAAAAUUUCACUGUUUCAGAAAGUGUUCAUCCAAAAAUAAUUUUUAUUUUUCUUAGUGAGUGGUUAUUGAAGUGGUAACUCCAAAAAUACACAUUUUUCAAAUGAAAAAUUUUUGAAACAGUAAAUUUUUGUGGAUAAAAAAUGUUUGAUAAAAAUUCACUGUUUCAAAAAAAUAAAUUUAUUUCAAAAAUAUAGCUCAAAAUUGAUCACGCUCACUCAAGUUUCAAUUUUUUUCUCUUGGAAAAUUUCACUGUUUCAGAAUAAUUUUAUUAAAAAACAAGCUUUAAAAACUUUGAUAACAAUCUAUUAAACAAUGGAAAUCUAACAAAUACCUUCUAUAAUAAAUUUGUAGGAGAAGAAUUACUAAGUACUUCAAAGUUAGUCGAUUGAAAAAAUUAGAUUACGCAAACUUUUUUUCAAAAAAAAAAAUUCACUGUUUCAAAAAAUUAUGGUAUUUUAAAAGUGAGCUCACAAAAUUUAUUACAAAACCAUUGAAACUAUUUUUUCCUGUUGGAAAAUUUCACUGUUUCAAAAAGUGUUCAUCAAAAAAUAAUUUUUAUUUUUUUUUAGUAAGUGGUUAUUGAAGUGGUAACUCCAAAAAUGCACAUUUUUUAAAUGAAAAAUUUUUGAAACAGUAAAUUUUUGUGGAUAAAACAUGUUUGAUAAAAAUUCACUGUUUCAAAAAAUAAAUUUAUUUCAAAAAUAUAGCUCAAAAUUGAUCAUGUUAACUCAAGUUUCAAUUUUUUGUCUUGGAAAAUUUCACUGUUUCAAAAUAAUUUUAUCAAAAAACAAGCUUUAAAAACUUUGAUCACCAUCUAUCACUCACUAGAACCGAAAAAAUACCUUCUAUAAUUGCAGGCUCUAUCGCGAGUUCAAGAAGGAGUUUUGAUCGCCGAGCUCGAUCUCAAUCUCUGCCGCCAAACCAAGGAUGCAUGGGGUUUCAGAGUAAGUUCAGCUUGGGUUUUAUCUGAAAUUCCACGGCCAAAAAAAUCUCCCGGAAAAAAUACGUUUUGAAAUUUUGCAAAAUAUUUUCUUUGAAAAUUGAAAAUUUGAAAAUUUGAUAUGCUUUUUUUUGAAUUACCAUAUUUCCCGCCUACUCUGCGUCUCUAACUUUGUCCCGGGCAGAGAAACAGAGCCAAUGGGUCUCGCAGCGAACCACCGUAGCCAAAAAAAAAAAUUCCAAAUUUUUUUUGCAGAUGACCAACCGCUUGGAUCUCUACGCCAAAUCGUUCACCCAAGCCGCCGAUCCAGAAUAUCGCCCAGAUAUUCGAAGAGAAAAAUAA